AUGGACGCUGCUCAAGGAGAUAUUUAUACACCGUUCUAUUACUGGGACAACAUUGCGAAUAAGUGGGAGUUUGACUACGAAGGCUUUUACAAGACACAUGGAUACCCCGAGUCAUCCACAGCUGCACGCCAACGCGCUGAGCCAACAAGCGCUGAGCUGUAUCAACAGCAGCUUCAAUCAUCAGUAUAUGACUAUGUGCCAACAAGAACAGGGCGUAGCACACAAGUUAAGGUCGCAGGAAACCUUAAGAAGGGUGAGACGCGUGAGACUGUGAUUCGCCGUGCGGCUGGAAAACUAUGGGAAGACCGCUCACUUUUAGAGUGGGAUCCAUCUCAUAAACGUCUAUUUGUGGGUGAUUUGGGCAACGAUGUGCACGAUGAACACCUUGUUCGGGCUUUCCAAAAGUACCCAUCAUUCUCUCGUGCGCGUGUUGUGCGGAAUAAGAGCGAUGGAAAGACCAAGGGCUAUGGGUUUGUCGCGUUUGCUGACCCAGAAGACUUUCUCAAGGCGUGGAAAGAGAUGGAUGGCAAGUACAUUGGCUCUCGGCCUUGCCGACUAAAGAAGGCCGAAGACAAUAUCAAACCCGUGGAAAUCGGUGCACGGAAGGAUAAGUUCCUCGCGGCCAACGCCAAAUACAAUGACUACCUGAACAAAGCGCGCAGAGGUGGCACCGUUGGUCGACACCUCCCACGUACGAAUGGCCUCCCGAAGCCUUACUCGAAGAAGUAG